AUGAAGUCUGUUAUGCGAAUGACAAUAUGGUGUGCCGUGCUUACGGCAAGUCAUCCCACGCUCGCGGCGGAAGCCCUCAGUCCCGAGCAACAGGAACAGCAGGCCGCUAUGAAAGCCGCCGAGGCUUUGCUCAAAAGCAUGCCAACGUGUGGACGUGAAUGCCUGUUACAAUCGAUUGCUGCGUCGCCAUGCCGGGUCGACGAUCUUGCAUGCAGCUGCUCGAACAACACAAUCACCGCGGAAGUGGAAGCAUGCGUUGCGGCGAGUUGCACGAUAAGAGAGUCGCUCACGACGAAGAACACAACAGAAACACUAUGUCAGCGACCAAUCCGUGACCGUACCCAAACGGUUUCCUACACCGGGGCCAUUGGCGGUGUUCUUGCCGUACUUGCCUACAUCUUGCGAAUGAUCUCAAGAACACCAUGGUUUGGUGGCUCGCCUGGAUUGGACGACGUUGUGAUGACCGUUGCUGUUCUCGAGGUCAUUCCGUUGUCCGUUUUGUCUGUUGUUUUGGCCGAUCUGGGACUCGGAAAAGACAUAUGGACGCUGCCUUUCGAGAACAUCACCCACAUUCUGAAGAUCUACUACUUCGAUGAAGAUCUCUACCUCACGUCGCUUCCUCUCGUCAAGGUCUCCAUGCUGCUCUUCUACCUCCGCGUCUUCCCGCAAUCUUGGUUUCGCAUUUCGGCGUACAUCACAAUGGCCUGUUGCGUUGGCUAUGCGAUCGCUUUCCUCCUGGUGUCGGUCUUUCAGUGCAGACCUAUACACCUUGCUUGGGAGCAUUGGGACAGGGAACAUCCUGGAAGCUGCAAUAACAUCAAUGCUCAAGUGUGGGCCUCUGCUGGCUUGAAUAUUGUUCUCGACAUCGUGGUACUUUCUCUGCCUAUUCCGCUAGUAAGACAACUGGCGUUGAACCGGCGGAAGAAGAUGCUUCUGUUCAGCAUGUUCGGGAUUGGCUUCAUUGUCACGGCCAUCAGCAUCAUCCGUAUGCAAGUCCUUGUUCAAUUCGGCGCAACCUCGAACUUCACAUGGACCUACACCUCAGUCGGAUAUUGGUCAACAAUCGAGACGGAUUUGGCUAUCAUCUGCGCCUGCAUGCCUGCUCUACGAGCACUUCUCCGACAUAUCUUUCCAAAGGCAAUGGGCGACAGCACGCGCGGGCUCUCGCCCGGGCCGCCCACUCCAGGACAGAGUGGCUUGUCUUAUUCUCGACAGUCGCGCGGGUCGAAGGGAUCACGGGAUGUUUUCAAGGAUGAUAAGAACUUCUAUCCGCUUGUGGAGGUGAAUACUGAGGUCGAUAUGCAGUGGGAUAGGCAGCGGCCGGUUGAUAAUUGGCCAUUGUAG